UUAUAGUGUGCACACAAGUGUGUGUGUGUCAGUUUGGACAGGAAACUCCUCCAGCCCAAACUGUUCUGCUCAGCUCCUCUCUCCCUCUUUCUCUUCAAACUAAUCAAGGCAUCAUGGUGGCCCACAAGGAGUUCGCUACAGCCGGGAAGGCACCUGGUCUGCAAAUUUGGCGUAUAGAGAGCAUGGACCUCAAGCCUGUUCCCAAGAACCUGUAUGGAAACUUCUUCACUGGAGAUGCCUACCUCCUGCUGUACACCACAUCUGCACCAUCCUACUACAUCCACAUGUGGCUGGGAGACGAGUGCUCGCAGGACGAGAGUGGAGCAGCGGCUAUCUUUGCCACGCAGCUGGAUGACUAUCUCGGCGGUGGCCCAGUCCAGUUCCGCGAAGUCCAGAAUAAUGAAUCUGUUAUCUUCCUGGGGUACUUCAAGUCUGGCAUUAAGUAUCAGAAAGGUGGUGUUGCAUCUGGUUUCCAUCACGUGGUGACUAAUGAAACGAAUGUGAAGCGUUUGCUGCAUGUGAAGGGCCGGAGAGCGAUCAGAGCCACUGAAGUCGACCUGUCCUGGUCCAGCUUUAAUAAGGGCGACUGCUUUAUCGUGGACUUGGGACAGAACAUCUACCAGUGGACCGGCAGUGAGUGUAACCGCUUUGAGAUGGUGAAGGCGUCUCAGGUGGCCAUCGACAUCCGCGAUAACGAGCGCAACGGCAGAGCCAAGCUGAGCAUAGUGGAGGAGGGAUCAGAGCCGCAGGAGCUUAUUGAUGCUCUCGGCCCCAAAACGAGCAUUGCUCCUUCCACGCCUGAUGACGACAAGGUUGAGACGACCAACAAGAACAAGGGGGCGUUGUACCUGAUCUCCGACGCCACCGGCUCCAUGAAGACGUCUGUCGUGGCUCAAUCCAGUCCGUUCAAACAGGAAAUGCUGUCAAUUAAUGACUGCUACAUCCUGGACAACGGCGUGGACCGUAACGUGUUUGUAUGGAAAGGUUCGAACGCUAACACGGAGGAGCGCAAAGCGGCCUUGAAAGUGGCUCAGGAGUUUAUUAAACAGAAGAACUACUCCAGUAAAACCCAGAUCCAGUUGCUGCCUGCAGGGGGCGAGACGACUCUCUUCAAGCAGUUCUUCAGUGACUGGAAGGAUAAGGACCAGACCACGGGCCCAACCAAAGCCUACACUAUCGGCAGGAUCGCACAAGUGAAGCAGAUCCCCUUCGACGCCUCGACCCUGCACACCAACCAGACCAUGGCGGCGCAGCACAACAUGGUGGACGACGGGUCUGGAAAGGUUCAGAUCUGGCGUGUGGAGGACGGAGCUCGCGUCCCCGUGGAUCCUGCUUCAUAUGGUCAGUUCUUCGGCGGUGACUGUUACAUCAUUCUGUACAGCUAUAAACAGGGCAGCAGAGAGCAGCACAUCAUCUACUUCUGGCAGGGACUGAAGAGCACUCAGGACGAGCGGACCGCCUCCGCCUUCCUCACCGUGCAGCUGGACGACUCCAUGGGCGGAGCUCCUGUCCAGGUGCGUGUCACUCAGGGUCAGGAGCCGCCUCACCUCAUGAGCUUGUUUAAAGGAAAGCCCAUGAUCAUCCACAGUGGAGGAACGUCACGUAAAGGAGGGCAGACGGAAGCAGGAACCACACGUCUCUUCCACAUCCGCACCAGCACCGCCAAAGCCACUCGAGCUGUGGAGGUGACACCUUGUGCAUCCAACCUCAACUCCAACGACGUGUUCGUGCUCAAGUCUCCUCAGUCGCUGUUUGUAUGGCGUGGUGUCGGUGCCACUGCGGAGGAAGCUCUAGGGGCCAAAUUCGUUGUCAGCUUCCUGGGAGGGAAUCCCACCGAGGUAGCCGAGGGCAAAGAACCAGCGGGAUUCUGGGCUGCUCUGGGAGGGAAGAAGGAAUAUCAGACUUCCAAAACUCUGAAGAAUACGAUCAAACCCCCUCGUCUGUUUGGCUGCUCCAACAAGACCGGCUGUCUCACGGUUGAGGAGGUACCUGGUGACUUCACUCAGGCAGAUUUGGCCACCGAUGAUGUCAUGUUGCUGGACUCUUGGGACCAGAUCUUCCUGUGGGUGGGCAAGGAUGCUAACGAAGUGGAAAAGACCGGCGCUCCAAAAAUCGCUAAAGAGUACGUGGACACAGACCCAGCUGGCCGGCGUGGUAUCCCCAUCACCACCAUUAAACAAGGUGCCGAGCCUCCGACCUUCACAGGCUGGUUCCAAGGCUGGGACGCCCACAUGUGGGACACCGACCCCUUGGAGAGGAUCCGCAUUAGCUUUUAACUCCAUUUUCUCCUCUAACUGCUAUUUGCACUUAGCAGGCCUGAUGCACAAACAGCCAAUUUUUCAUAUAUUCCUUUACACUUUUUUAUUUUUAUCAUAUCUCACACACGUGCUAAUGUGCCAUAUGGAAAGUGAUGAACGGGUUAGCUGGCGUUUAUGAUGAUUAUGUAUAAUCUUUUCUUGCUAAAGUUAGAAUGGCCAUGAAUUUCAAAUCUUACUAAUAAUGAAUGACACAAAAUGUGCCAUUAGUUUGAAUUCGACAGUUUCUCAGAUCCUGGAAAAUGGUUAAAUCCUGUAAUAUUAAGGAUUAAUCAUGCGCUGGUCAUUCAGGACAUUUUACGUCUAAUCAGAGGUGCUUAAAGUGCUAGUCUUAUAAAUAUGACCUCAUAAAAUCCUGGGUUUUCUGUGUGUGAUGUGCUCAAACAGGUUAUAAAAUUCACCAAUAAAUAAAAAAAAAUUGGUUUGAAAAAUAUUUUUUUUUUCAUCUGAAUUCUGUUCCAGAAAUCAUUAAAAGCUUGUCCGCAGUUAGAUCGCAGCGAUUUAUUGGUCAGCGGUGCUGCAUGUGUGACGUCAUAUGCGCCACUGCCACCUUUUGUAAAACUACACAAUUUUACGAAAACAAGGACAAAGAAGUGACUCAGAGGAAGCAUGUUUCGGUUUGCUUUUAGAUCAGUAAUCGUCGGUCAUCUAAGUAUUAUAUUCAGCCACAUAGAAACUACCUGAGAACGUUAUUGAUCUGACGAAGGACAACUAAUCAAUUCAAGCAACAGACUAAACACGAGCUGGACACUUCCUGUGCAGCGGUGAGCUCUUUGGGACGGCAUUUCUGACUUUUGUUUCCAGAUGGUAGGAACUGCUCCGUGUCCCAGACGUCGCUCAAAUCCUUCUCUGUGAAUCUGCCUCACAAAUUUAUCUUUUUCAAAAUAUUUGGAGAAGACACCAAACCAUCCUGUCAGCUUAAAGUUACCUCUCUUUAUCCGUACAAAUCGAACCCAUUCAUUCCCUAAGUGUCCUGCCGACUUUGGGCAAUAAUGGAUCAAAAUUCUGCCUUUUUUUUUUUAAAUCGGCUGCACUUGAAGAGCCUUGAAUGACACACCUCUUAGGAGGCAUGCUUUGGUUUUAAUUUUGUUUUGGAAUUAAAAAAAAAAAUUAAAAACGUGCUGCACUCUGCCAACAAACAAAGCCAGAAAUGCCGUGAACUUUUAAGUGUUGCGCAUAUGACAUCACUUCCUUUGAAUUAACGUUAACUCACCAGGAACACAUUCGUGUAACAGCGGACUCAAAGAGCCAAACUUUACUGGCUAAACAGAACAUGUUCCUGGUCUCAUAUUAAAAUACAAUUUCGACAGUAAACUAUUUAACAUGUCUAGUUUUAUAAGGUAUAAUUUCCAGGGGUGAUGUCAUUUUCGUAAGAUGAGCACUUUAAGUCCUGCUUGUCAAACAGAAAUUCUGCCAGUUAGCUCAGAUGUAUUCUCAUGAACGCUGUGUAAGAUGAUGAUGCUGGAAACAAAUAUUCUUAAUAAACUUUUAACUAUUUUGUGUGUGAUUCGAUUUAA